AUGUUGAACACAGGUUUUCAAAAGCCACCUCUGGCUCCGAAACCUAAAGUUGGGCUCUCUCCAAAGCCAGGCCAGUCUCCAGCCUGUACACAAAAAGAGGGUCUGUCGCUGCCAUCUCCUGCCAUCGCACGCAAACCAAAACCAAUCCUAGCUCCUAAGCCCAUCGUCCCCAAAGUCACCACCACAGCUGAAGAGAACCUAUCUAUCUCAAACUCAGCACCCACUAGGAAACACGCCCCUGUCCCUGUACCUCGGAAACCCCGGGCGGCCAUAGCGGUUGAGCAGGAAACUGUGCUGGACAAGAUAGGGAACCAGGAGGUGAAUGAAACGUCCUCAAAGGUGAAGAAUCGCCCACCCGUGUCUGUCAAUAAACCUGCAUUGCCUCUGUUAAUCACCAAAGCUCCCCUCCCAAAACCAACAUUAGGCCCUCCAGUCCCUCCCAGGAACAAGGCAUUUCUCUCUGACAUAGGUAAAAGCUUCAGCAGCGAGGAUGUGGAGGAGGAGGACUUGAGCUGGGACAAUCCCGAGAUGGAGUUGUCGGUGGAUAAAAGCGAUAAUGAGUUUGAACUAGAAGGAGACACGACCGACGAGCCCAUUUAUAACUCCAUCGAUAGCUCUGUUAGCGCGCCAAACCAGCUCAAAGAAGGUGUUGUGGGAAGAUCGCCGCCGCUAAAACCGCUACGACGAAACAAUCCGAUGGCAGGGAGUAUAGAGUUGUUUGAGGACAACAACAACCAGAUGCCCGAUCCAAAGGAGACUCAGCCUUUGCAGGACACGAAGGAGUUAAUUUCGAGACAACUUCCAUUGCCACCAAGCGACGAGAGUAACACGCAUCUUACAUCAACUAUCAAAUCGCAACGUUCUUCGACUCUGAGCAAGGCCAAGUCAUUUUCGACCACAGAUGCCUCUCGCCCGCAAAAGUUUAGAACAAACUCGUUUAAAAGGUUCCUGGGCUUUAAGCUUCCUUUUAAGAAGAGAGGAAAAGGAAGUAGCAACAGUGAGACAGACUCCGAAGAUGGAAACGUCCCAGAAUUCAAGGAGCAGCGCACGGCCUCCUGUCCACUUUUGGAAAACCGUGAAGAUGGGGAAGUGUUCAAGACUGAGGCAAAGGAUUAUACCGAGGAGGUCGUGGUUUAUGAGGAGAUAACGGACUAUGUGAACGUCAACGUGGAGGACGCAUCCUCGGUGGAAAGCGAAUGGCCAAGUCCACCACCGACCAUUGAUGAUGACCAGGGUGUUUAUGAAGAACAGGAGCCAUACGUUAAAAUGGAGAUGAACGUUCCAGAUCCACAAGAGGAUUACAACUAUCCCAGAGCUCUUCAGCAGGUGUGCAUGGACGAGGAAAGGCCGUCAGAUGAAGAUGUACUGUACAACACCACUGACGAUGAGUGGGACGACGACGAGUUUGACACGAGCUCUGAAGGGGCAGAGUCUGAGCAAACAGUGGAGAGUGCGACUUUGAUAAGGAAGAAAAGCAAGAUACAACACAUUGCCACAGAAAUAAUGACUUCAGAGAAUGUGUUUGUUGAUGUCCUGAAGCUCCUCCAUGUUGACUUUCGGAAUGCUGUGUUCGCCGCCUCACGCGAAAGUGGGAAAACUGUGAUUGAAGACCGGCUGCUGGAUCAGAUUCUCUACUACCUCCCACAGCUCUACGAACUGAACCAACAACUGCUGAAGGAGCUGCAGCAGAGAGUAGCAACCUGGGGGAAUAACUCAAAAGUGGCAGAUAUUUUUGUCAAGAAAGGGCCUUUUCUAAAGAUGUAUUCGAACUACAUCCGUGAGUUUGACAGGAAUGUGGCUCUACUGGAGGAGCAGACAAAGAAGAACCCGGCAUUUGGUGCCGUCGUUAAAGAGUUUGAAGCAAGUCCCUGCUGUGCCAACUUGGCUUUGAGACACUUUCUCCUCAAGCCUGUUCAGAGAAUACCACAAUAUCAGCUGCUGCUUACAGAUUAUCUGAAAAACCUGUCUGAAGAUGCAUCUGAUUAUAAAGACACACAAGAGGCCCUGGUCAUAGUGAAGGAAGUGGCCAAUCACGCCAAUGACAUCAUGAAGCAAGGGGACAUAUUUCAGAAGCUGUUUCAGGUGCAGUGCAGACUAAUUGGCCACCAUGAGAUUGUCCAGCCUGGCAGAAUCUUUCUGAAGGAAGGUGUUGUCAAUAAGCUUUCCAGGAAAACAACAGAGCCCAAAAUGAUGUUUUUGUUUAACGACAUGCUGCUGUACACCACUCCUGUGCAGUAUGGUCAGUUUAAGGUCAAACAUAAGCUUUCUCUUACUGGAAUGAAGGUUAAAAAACCAAACCAAGAGGCCGUCCAAAAUGAGCUCAUCAUUGAGAGUGUGGAGCGCUCCUUUAAGUGUUCAGUCAGCUCAGCCACAGAAAGAGAUUUAUGGCUUGAUGCGAUUUCUAAAGCAGUCAGUGACUUUACAAAGAAAAAGACAAGUUUUGUCCCGGCCAACACUUUGGAAGAGGUGGAAAUCGAAGAUGGUGCAACUCUGGGAUCAAAGGCUCCCGUCUGGAUCCAAGAUUCAGGAGCCACGAUGUGCAUGAUCUGUACAUGUGAGUUCAGUCUGACGUGGAGGCGACAUCACUGCCGUGCAUGUGGAAAGGUGGUGUGUCAGUCUUGUUCAGCCAAUAAAUACCGCCUUAAAUACCUUAAGGACCAAUGGGCACGAGUGUGUAAUGCGUGUUUUGUUUUACUCCAGAAACAAGAAAAUGAAAAGGCCAUAUCUUCUACAGUGAGCAACAAAACCCCAUUUGCUUUCACCCGUAAAUACAAAAAGAUCCCUGCCCAUCUCAAAGAGGUGUCUGCAAAUACUCUCAAUUCGACCAUGAGUGGGUAUUUAGAGAUGAUUAAACCAAACAAAAAGCAGGGAAAGAGAAUGUGGUUUGUCAUCAAAGCAAUGAUUCUGUACACAUAUGCUGCCAGCGAGGAUGUUGCAGCUGUGAAAAGUCAGCCCUUGUUAGGUUUUAGGGUGAAGUCGGACUCAAAGUUACAAUUCAGGCUCCUCCACAAUGACAAACUAUUCCUCAUUUUUAAAGCUGAUGAUGAGCAAACAGCAGAAAGGUGGAUCGAGGCAAUGAUAAAGGCCUCUGUUCUGGAUGCUUGA